AUGCGAACGGCUCCAUUCCUCGGUGGUCUGCUAUUGCUGUGCCUAUCACAGGGUGGUCGGGGCUUCCUCCGGGACUGCGAACAGGGGGAACGAUGUGUACAGCUCGCACUGUGCGGCCAGUAUCUGCAUUACGUUAACGAGGCACCGAAAGCUUGGCCACCAAGUGUGCGGGAGGAAGCACUGCGGCAGCUGUGUGACGUACAGCGGGCCGUGAACGGUUCAAAGAUCUACUACAUAUGCUGCAACCGGAAGGAAAUACUGUGCGGUGUGACACGGGUGCAGCUGAUCGCGUAUGGUCAGCAGGCUCGCGCUUAUGCCUUUCCCUGGAUGGCACUGCUGGAAACGAGCGUCCGCGACGAGCUGCCGUGUGGCGGAAGUCUCAUCAACGAUCGACACAUUCUGACGGCGGCACACUGCGUCAAGGCGCGCACAAUUGUUGGAGUACGUGUCGGCGUGCAUGAUCUUAACGAUGAUCGCAAAUGUGACGAUCGAAUCCAUUUUAGCGAUGACUAUUAUGACAGCGACGAGAGCACCGAAACAGAUGCCGAUGAGCACACUGCCAGUUGUGGACCGCCGGCCCAACGCAUUCCCGUCGACGCGAUUGUGAUUCAUCCGAAAUAUAGCCCACGCUCGAAGCGGAACGAUUUGGCGAUCAUCCGACUGCAACACCCAGCCAUCAUCGGGUACAGUGUUAUCCCAAUCUGUCUGCCGCUCACGGAUCAGCUGCGCGCGUACCGACCAUCGGACUCCUUCGUCACUGGCUGGGGGUUAACCGAGGCAGGCGAACGGUCGGCUGUGCUGCGGUACGCCGUUUUGCCGGCCGUCUCGCUGCCCGACUGUGCGAUGCAGAUCAAGGAGCUGGACCGGAUGAUUGUCCUGGACGAUGGGCAUCUGUGUGCCGGUGGGAACAACAAAACGGCCCACUGCCACGGUGACUCGGGUGGCCCGUUGCAGUACGUGUCCGAUUCUACGCGCUUCGUACUGCAGGGUGUGGUUUCGUUCGGCGUGAAGACCUGCGGCACCAAGAUAGCGCCAGGAAUUUUCGCUAACGUUACCCACUACAUCGACUGGAUCGUACAGGAGGCGAAUGUACUGAAUUAG